GCCCUGGCGCCACCGUCCUCAAAGUAGUCACAGUUGGGGAACCGGUUUUUAAUUUAACAUGGAAAUUAGUGAUUUUGGUAAAUUGUCAGCGGUCCAAUCACAGAGAGGGUUACUAAUAUGCAAAUGCGGCGUUAUCACAGUCACGUCAGCAGCAGCAGCAGAGCCGCUGUGCCGUGGUCGCCAGCAGGAGUACAACUAACAACACAGUAACAACUUCGCUAAUACCACUCUGUCUUCAUUGGCGUCUGGAGCUGCGCUUUGUGGUUCUUUCAGGGCAUGAAAACUAUAUAGUCGGCAUGCUGUAGCUCUAAAGAGAGGCAUUUGGGGACCAGUUUGGAUCCAUUGGUGUUCCAGAGGUUCCAGUCAUCCUCCAGCCUCCACCAUGGACUUCUUUAAUGACCCUAGCCUCUUUGGUGGAGGUUUGGAAGGGCUGGAUGACGAUGGCUUCGCUUCAGCACCAUCACUCGUGGAUGAGCUAAAUCUUACUGCUGACUUUGAACCGCUCCAAGUGGAGCCUCUUGGCCCUGGGAAGCAUCAAGACAUGAUGCCACCAGCUUCUACCCAACAAGCUAUGCCUAGUUACAGCCAGUCAAUGGGUCAUUACAUUGACAUUAAGGCCAAUGUGGCUCAGGCAUUUUCUGGUUCUCAGGGCAUAAGUGAAGGCAUGAUUACAGAGCAACAUGGCUCAUACCAUAAUGCUCCCAUGAGUCAAGUUCCUCAAUCCAAUGGGCUCUUCUGUAACAGUGGCAGUCCGAUGUGGGGUAACCAAGACCAGAAUGGGAACAUGUACCAGGCCUUACCUCAACAGCAGCUUUGUCAUCAACAGCAACAACUACAAAGCCAGCAACUUCAUGGCAGACAUCAAACACAGCACCAUCCCUGUUAUCAGCAAGAGGAGCAGCAGCACAGAAUGCGACAGCAGCAGCUGCAACAACAGCAAAGUCAUCAGCAACAGCUGUUAAACCAGCACCAACAAAUUAACACACAGACUGUGUCCCUGCAGCAGCAGCAUCACAAUUUCCCGUUUCACCAGGGAGGCCAGUCCAGCAGCCAACAGCAAAUUCACCACACUCAGCAGCAGGUUCAGCGCCAACUAACUGUGAGAGAGCAGCAGUUCCACUCAAGAGCUCUUCCAAGUAAGCAUUAUUUGGAAAGUCAGAAUGCUUCUAUGACUGCAACUUGCUUGCAAACACAGCCACAGCAAGGUAACUACCAGUUGGUCAGGGAAUGUCAAGCUUUCCCUGGAACAGGACUGGAAGAAUCUAACCUGUCCUUUCCCAUGCACUCAUCAUCUAUGGUUCAUUCCCUGCCCACAUGCUCUGUCAGUUCUGCCAGAGCUUAUCAACCAACUCAGUACCCUACUUAUCCUGGGGAGCCAGAAUUACCCAGUCUCAAUGAGCAAUCUUUGUCCUCAGCCUCGGUGUCUAGGCCCAGCAACACCACUGCACCACUCACUUCUACAAUACCCGAACUUACAGGGACACCAUGCCAGUUUUCAUCCACUGCACAUUUGAGUCAGCACCACACUAGGACCCCAAUUAGCCAGGCAGAGGAAUGUCCUUUCCGUGCUAUACGUUGCUCCAGAGAAACCCAGGGAAACUGCAAGUCAUCUGAGCUGUUUGGUGAAUCUAUGCGACCCUACCCCAACAUCACCACCCACCUGCCUUCUGAGCAGCCUCAGAGUUGUAGGGUUAUCAACACUAAUGGAUACCAAGCUUUGGGAGACAGCCUUUUACCAUCAGCAGCUCAUGAUGAAGACUUGGAUGGCCUGGAGCCUCCUGACCUCCUGCCUGACCUACUGCCCCAGCUUGAGCAUGUUUUUAAGCAAGAGGACAAAUCUAACUGUGGCUGGACUGAUACUACUCAGGAGAUGGGAAUUGAGUACAGGAAACCAUCACCCAUUGAGUACAGUGAAGAUAAGCCUCGAAAGAACGCUAAUGGUCCCGGAAGCCAGAUACGGGUCCUCAGUCCCCCAAUGAAGAGCAGCUCAUCCUCGUCAUCAUCCUCUUCAUCUUCCUCUUCAUCUUCAUCCAGCUCCUCAUCAGAGAAAAGGGUUCCACGGAGGACGCAUCAUCAGAUGGAUUCAACUCCACAGGACAAGCAGGAGAAGGCAAAUAGGAUAAUAUCAGAGGCUAUUGCAAAGGCUCGGCAAAGAGGGGAGAAAAACAUCCCAAGGGUUAUGAGCCCAGAGAGCUUCCCCAGCUCUUCUUCGCAGUACAAAGCCCACCGUGAUCAUGAGCACAAAGGAAAUGGGAAGGCACGGUCCAAGGAGAAGGCCUGCAGGAAAGCUUGUAUUGUACCCUCCUCCAAGCCCAAGCAGAAGGCCAAGAUCGGGAAAAUUGUCAUCAAGAUUGGAAAGAAGAAAAGGCGAAAGCCCGAGUCUUCAGAGGAGUCGGAUGAUGACCCUCCCCCUCAACACACUUUGAAGGAUGAUGACUCUAAGAGGCGGUCUAAUCGACAGGUGAAGAGGAAGAAGUAUGCUGAAGAGCUGGAGACCAGGUUGUCAGAUGAAGAAGUCAAGGUUAUUGUCAAAGCCAAGAAAACCAAUACUGCAGCAUCUAGGGAACCCGCUCUUCAGCUAUUUGUAGAGAAUCCCAGUGAAGAGGAUGCUGCUGUUGUUGACAAAAUCAUGUCUUCUCGUAUUGCUAAGAAGGAGGUCUCUCCAGGAGUGGUCAUUGAGGUGGAAGAGUUUUUUGUAAAAUACAAAAACUACUCCUACCUACACUGUGAGUGGGCCACAGAACAGCAGCUGGAGAAGGACAAGAGGAUUCAGCAGAAGAUCAAACGCUUCAAGAUGAAACAGGCACAGAGGGCACUCUUCUUUGCAGAUAUGGAAGAGGAGCCAUUUAACCCUGACUAUGUAGAAGUAGAUAGAGUGCUGGAGGUGUCAUAUUGCGAGGACAAAGAUACAAGAGAGGAAGUGGUGUACUACCUGGUGAAGUGGUGCUCUCUGCCUUAUGAAGACAGCACCUGGGAGCUGAAGGACGAUGUAGAUCAGAGCAAGAUUGAGGAGUUUGAGCAGCUGCAGGCAGCCAAGCCAGACUCACGCAGGGUGGAGCGUCCUCCUGCCAAUCUGUGGAAGAAGAGGGAACAAUCGAGGCAAUACAGGAAUGGCAACAGCCUCAGGGACUACCAGCUAGAAGGAGUCAACUGGCUUCUUUUCAACUGGUACAACAGACGGAACUGCAUCCUGGCAGAUGAGAUGGGCCUAGGGAAAACAAUACAGUCCAUCACUUUCCUAGAAGAAAUCCAUCGCGUUGGAAUCCAAGCGCCCUUUCUCAUAAUUGCCCCACUCUCCACCAUCACCAACUGGGAGCGGGAGUUCCGUACCUGGACCCACCUCAAUGUCAUCGUUUACCAUGGAAGCAUGGUCAGCAGGCAGAUGCUCCAGCAGUAUGAGAUGUAUUUCAGGGAUGCACAGGGUCGUAUCAUACGUGGUGCCUACAGGUUUCAGGCUGUUAUUACCACAUUUGAGAUGAUUCUUGGAGGCUGUCCCGAACUCAAUGCCAUAGAGUGGCGCUGCGUUAUUAUUGAUGAGGCCCAUCGUCUCAAGAACAAGAACUGCAAGCUGCUAGAGGGAUUCAAGCUCAUGAACCUGGAACACAAGGUCCUGCUGACAGGUACUCCUCUCCAGAAUACAGUGGAAGAGCUCUUCAGCCUGCUUCACUUUCUGGAGCCGGCACGCUUCCCUUCUGAAAACACCUUCAUGCAGGAGUUUGGAGACCUUAAGACUGAAGAGCAGGUGCAAAAGCUUCAGGGUAUCCUGAAGCCUAUGAUGCUGCGUCGUUUGAAAGAAGAUGUGGAGAAGAAGUUGGCUCCGAAAGAGGAAACCAUCAUUGAAGUUGAGCUCACCAACAUUCAGAAGAAAUACUACCGUGCCAUCCUAGAGAAGAAUUUUUCUUUCCUGGCUAAAGGAGCUGGCCCGGCAAAUAUGCCCAACCUGGUCAACACUAUGAUGGAGCUAAGAAAGUGUUGCAACCACCCCUACCUAAUCAAAGGAGCAGAGGAAAAGAUCCUAGAAGACUUCAGGGAAGUGCACAGCCCUACUGCCCUAGACUUUCACCUGCAGGCUAUGGUGCAGUCUGCUGGGAAGCUCGUUCUCAUUGACAAAUUGCUGCCUAAAAUGAAGGCAGGAGGGCACAAGGUGCUCAUCUUCUCCCAAAUGGUCCGCUGUCUGGACAUCUUGGAAGACUACCUCAUUCAGAGAAGGUAUCUGUACGAGCGUAUUGAUGGACGGGUUCGUGGAAAUCUGCGACAGGCUGCCAUCGACCGCUUCAGUAAGCCUGACUCAGAUCGCUUUGUUUUCCUUCUGUGUACAAGAGCUGGUGGGCUGGGAAUCAACCUCACAGCAGCAGACACCUGCAUCAUCUUCGACUCUGACUGGAACCCACAAAACGACCUGCAGGCCCAGGCUCGCUGCCAUCGCAUCGGUCAGAACAAGGCAGUGAAGGUGUACCGUUUGAUCACCAGGAACUCAUAUGAGCGAGAAAUGUUUGAUCGCGCCAGCCUCAAGUUGGGUUUGGAUAAAGCAGUGUUGCAGAGCAUGAGUGGCCGAGAUAACAGCCUGGGAGGAGGCACUGGGGGAGGGGCUGUGCAGCAGCAGCUGUCCAAAAAGGCGAUUGAAGAUCUGUUGCGACGUGGGGCCUACGGGGCAAUCAUGGAUGAGGAGGAUGAAGGGGCCAAAUUCUGUGAGGAGGACAUUGACCAGAUCCUGCAGCGCAGGACAAAGACCAUUACCAUUGAGUCUGAGGGACGAGGAUCCACUUUUGCCAAGGCCAGUUUUGUAGCAUCUGGAAACCGUACAGACAUCUCCCUGGAUGACCCUAAUUUCUGGGACAAGUGGGCCAAAAAGGCUGACAUUGAUAUGGAUAUGGUCAAUGGCAGAAACAGCCUGGUCAUUGACACUCCUCGUGUCAGAAAGCAGACAAGGCCCUUUAGUGCCACCAAGGAUGAGCUAGCAGAGCUUUCAGAGGGCGAAAGUGACGGCGAUGAGACCAAACCUAAGCUCAGACGAAACUACGAUCGCCUGAACAGCUAUGGCCGCACAGAGUGCUUCAGAGUAGAGAAGAACUUGCUUGUCUACGGAUGGGGUCGUUGGAAGGAUAUCCUCAACCAUGGCCGUUUUAAGAAGCAGUUGACUGAGUGGGAUGUGGAGUCCAUCUGCAGGGCCUUGUUGGCCUACUGCCUGGUCCAUUAUCGUGGAGAUGACAAAAUCAAAAGCUUCAUGUGGGACCUCAUAGCCCCUACCGAGGAUGGACGCACAAAGGAGUUGCAGAAUCACUUAGGCUUGUCUGCCCCAGUUCCUCGGGGGAGAAAGGGUAAAAAGAUGAAGACCCAGUCUAGUUCUUUUGACAUCCACAAGGCUGAGUGGCUCAGGAAGCACAACCCUGAGCAUAUGCUUCAGGAUGAUGGCUAUAAGAAGCACCUGAAACACCACUGCAACAAGGUGCUGCUCAGGGUCAGAAUGCUCUACUACCUGAAACAAGAGGUGAUAGGAAGCCAGGCCCAGAAGGUGCUAGAUGGCGUGGACUCCAGUGAAGUAAAGAUCUGGGUUCCAGAGCCUGACAAUUCAGAGCUUCCAGCACUGUGGUGGGAUGCAAUCUCUGACAAGUGUCUUCUGCUGGGUGUCUUUAAGCAUGGUUAUGAGAAGUACAACACUAUUCGUGGAGACCCUACCCUGUGUUUCCUAGAGCGUGUGGGAAAACCAGAUGAGAAGGCCAUCGCUGCUGAACAGAGAAACAAUGAUUUCAUGGAUGGGGAUGUGGAUGAUCCAGAAUACAAGCCUGCUCCAGCACUGUUAAAGGACGACAUGGAGGACGACGCCUCUUCUCCUGGAGACUUGGUUAUCACUGACAGUGCUGGAGAUCCUGUUCCAGUGACAGAAAGUGAAAGUGCCUACUGGCCCUCCCCCUCAGUGCUGACAGCCAGGCUGAGACGUCUGAUAACAGCUUCUCAGCGCUACACCAAGAGCCGCCAGAUCCUACACAUCCACCAGACUCAGUCUCAGUCCUCCCAGCAGACUAUGGUGCUGUCUGCUCCACUUUGCCCGCUACCCCCCACUCUCAACGACACCCUCAACCCCAAGAUGGCUGCCAAGAUUGAACGGCAACAAAGAUGGACCAGACGAGAAGAGGCUGACUUUUAUCGCGUUGUCUCUACUUUUGGUGUCGUUUUUGACCCAAACCUCGGGCGGUUUGAUUGGACCAAGUUCAGGGCUAUGGCUCGGCUGCACAAGAAGACUGAUGAGAGCCUGCAGAAAUACCUUUGUGCUUUUACUGCCAUGUGCCGACGUGUGUGUCGCCUGCCACCUAAAGAGGGAGACUCUGCAGUGGACCCUUCUCUAAACAUCCAGCCCAUUACAGAAGAGCGAGCAUCUCGUACCCUGUACAGAAUAGAGCUGCUUCGGCAGGUGAGGGAACAAGUCCUUCGACAUCAAUUAUUGUACGAGCGUCUGCCACUGUGUCAGAUGAGCUCUGACUUACCUGUUUGGUGGGAGGCUGGUAGUCAUGACCGUGACCUGCUAAUUGGUGCUGCAAAGCAUGGUGUAAGUCGCACUGAUUACCACAUUCUGAGAGACCCUGAACUCAGCUUCAUGGCUGCCCAACGCAACUACAGUCAAACAAAAGCUGCACAGCAGCAAUCACGUACAUCCACACCGCUCUUACACCCUCAGUACCAAGCUACCACUUCAGUGUUGACAGGCUCUCCACUGCCUCCACCCACUCAAAGAGACGCAGACCUAUGUGGGGUCACGCCCAAAGUGGAACCAAUUUCAGAGGGUGAGGAGAGCAAGGAAAGACAGGGAGCAAGUUGGACCCCGACUCAAGCACCAGCUACUCCCACAGGUCUGGAAGAGAAGCCUGUUUCAGUAACCAGGGACAAUGAAAGGCAGAUGGUGGCAGCACGAACGAAACCCCUCACACCCAACUCCUCAGAGAGGAAACCGAAGAAGACCAAGAGGGGCCGCAAGGAUGCCAGGCAUGGCACAGAGUCCGACUCAGAUGGCUCCUCCUCAAGUUCGACGUCACGCUCUUCUUCCUCUUCAUCGUCAUCCUCAUCUUCCUCAUCACAUUCAGGGUCCAGCUCCUCCUCUUCUUCUUCAUCUUGCUCUUCUGGCUCUUCAUCAUCCUCCUCCUCCUCAUCUUCUUCUGAUGACAGUGAAAGUGAGGGAGAGGAAGGAAAAAAGAAGGUCCCCACUGUUACAAGUGUAAAGGGAUUUGAUGAGGACAGUGUGGCAUCUCUCAGCGCUACGCAGGAUGAAACACAAGACACCCAUGUAGCUGAGAAUGGCAUCUCCAACAACUCUUCACACCCUUUCCAGGGUGGAGGGUACAUGCUGGCUGCAUCAUACUGGCCAAAGGAUCGCGUGAUUAUUAACCGCCUGGACAGCAUUUGCCAGGCAGUGCUUAAAGGCAAAUGGCCGGGAACACGUCGGGUCUAUGAGCCUGGAGGGGCUGUGGCCUCCUUCUACACCACCAAGCUGCUGGACAAUGCCAACAGCAUGUGCGAGGACCCCUCUGCUUCACCACAGGGGUCAAAGGUGACCAAGCAUGUUGCAGAAAACAAGGAGUUCUCAGUAAAACUCAACGAUGAGGGAGGUCUGAAGUUGACCUUCCAGAAACAGGGUCUACCUCUGAAGAGGCCCCUGGAGUCCGAGGAAGGUCCCCAGGCCCAGCAGCAGUACCUGGCUCGGCUUCAUGAGCUCCAGAGUGCCUCAGAUACAGGACUUGCUGACAUCACCAAACCUCAGUCCAGCUUCCAGACGGUUCCUACAGGUCUUACUGGUCAGAUGAGGCCAAAUGGAGUAAUAGAUGGCCAGCCAGUGGUUAAAAGGAGGAGAGGGAGGAGGAAGAACGUUGAGGGAAUGGACCUGCUCUUCAUGAACAAGAGUAGAGUCCCAACAGUUCCCGAUCAGGUACCUCCAGGGUGGGGGGGUAUUGGCCAGGUGGGCAUGACUCCAGGCCCUGCAUCAAGCUACAGUCAGAACCCCAGUCAGGUCCCUGCAGACACUGAGAGCAGGGUCCCGGUUAUCAACCUGAAAGAUGGCACCCGGCUGGCUGGGGAUGAUGCCCCCAGGAGGAAAGAACUGGAGCAGUGGCUAAAAGAAAACCCUGGCUUUGUGGCAGACACAGGAGCUUUUAUCUGUGGUGUAAAUAAGAUGCAAAUGCAGUUCCACUUCCAGGAUGGCCGGCCAAAGCAGAAAAGGCACCGCUGUAGAAACCCCAACAAGAUUGAUGUGAACAGCUUGACGGGAGAAGAAAGGGUCCAGAUCAUCAACAGGAGAAACGCACGCAAGAUUGGUGGAGCCUUUGCUCCUCCGCUGAAGGACCUAUGCCGAUUCCUUCAGGAAAACCCAGAGUAUGGAGUCCCGCCUGAAUGGGCCGAUGUUGUUAAACAGUCGGGUUACCUCCCAGAGAGCAUGUUUGACAGGAUCCUGACUGGACCCAUUGUUCCAGAGGAGGUAAGUCGGCGUGGACGGCGACCUAAGAAUCCUUUGGCCAAGGCAGCGGCAGCUGCAGCUGCAGCGGCAGGAGCACCACCUAACCCGGCAGCCUCGGCACUAGGUUUGAACCCACUGCUGGCAAACGGCCUCCUCUCUGGAAUGGACCUCACGAGUCUGCAGGCCUUCCAGCAAAACCUCCAGAAUUUACAGUCCCUGCAGCUCACUGCAGGCCUGAUGGGGCUGCCGUCUGAUGCUAGUAACCUGGCUGCAAGUAACUUGGCUGCCAUGUUUCCCAUGAUGCUGUCUGGUAUGGCUGGACUGCCAAACCUCCUCAGUAUGGGCAGCUUGCUUGGGAAGCCUGCUCAGGAAGCUGCAGGAGGCUCUGAAGAGAAAACAAAGGGAAUAACCAGCGGUGGGACAGGAGAGCCAACUGCCUCUAAAGCCCCCUCUCACACCUCAGACACCAAAGGAGAAAGGACAGAGGGCUCAAACACGACUCCUUCCUCCACUUCCAGCUCUGCUUCCUCUUCCUCCGCCACACAAAGUGCUUCAGCUGCCUCUGCAGCCUCCAGUCAGCCACUGUCUCUUAACCCCUUGUUACUCUCCAGUAUGCUUUACCCAGGGACGCUUCUCACUCCAGGCCUUAACCUUCCUGUGUCCACCACACAGCCACAGAGCUCAAACAGUGACCCCACCCUUCCAACUGCUCCUCCUCUACCUUCAGUUUCCCAGUCAUCACAUCAGGAGACAGAGCAGCCAGAGGGAGACAAGGAUGGAGAGGAGGAAGACGAGCUUUUGGAAGACGCUUUGGAUGAGGGGGAGGAGGAGGAAGAGGAUGAAUCCAUAGAACAAAAGGAUAACAGUGGUCCUGAAGGUUCAGGGAAAGCAGAGUCUUCUUCAUCAGAGUCUGGGAGCUCUUCCUCAUCCUCAGACGAUUCAGACUCAAGUGAUGAGGACUGAUCCUACAAAUAUAUAAAUAUAAAUUUAUUUAUGUAUUGCCUAGAAAUGUAUACAUAUAUUCACAUAUAUAUAUGGAUUUUCCAGCACUUCUGUUGUGAUUUCUUUACAUGUAAAUACAAGAACUAACUACAAUGUUCUGUAAUAAAGACUACAAAAACCUUUAAAAAAGAAAUAAAAAAAUAGGAAAAACUGACCUAAAGAAACUGAAAUAAAAUGUCAAUGUUUGUUCACAAGGUACAGUCUUGUUUUGAGACAUUUUGCAUGUCAGACUUUAGUAGAUUUCUGAACUCUGAACUUGUACCAUGCAAUUAUUGCAACAAAAAAGGCAUUAUUGUAAUUAUGUCAGGAUUAAUUUUAUUAAAAGAAGUAAAACUA